UGGCAAUAAAACGUGAAAUUAGUGUGCGUGCUUGUGUGUUUGUAAAAUUUAACAAUACUUAACGUUCAAAUUACAAAAAAGAUUUCGGUGUUUGAAUGUUAUCGAUUGAGACAUUAUGUAUGUUAAGUGCGCCGCGAUAAAGCUUCCAAUAACAACGAAUACUUAUUUACUUCCUGGUCGAGAAAUAUUGGAUCAUAUUGACUAUAUGCGAUGCCAUUGACAUUAUACCAGUAUUGGCAAAUCGGGAUAUACGUAAAUAUUUCAAUAAAUAGUUCAACAAUUAUCAGAUUGUUUUUCAAACUGUGUUUUCAUUGUUGAAUACGAAACUCAUAGGAAAGUGAUAAUACAUUAAAUAAGGCUAAUAAUAGGACGAAAUCGAAAGUAGAAAAAUCAUUUCUUACUAUAAGCGAAUUAUUGAUAUGCGUUUGAAACGUGCUAUUUUACACACACAAAUCGGGAAUAAUUAUGUCUAGCUCGUCUAAAACGAAGAAAACCGUCUCUUACAAGUUAGUAGUAGCAGCUAUCGACUUUGGUACUACGUUUUCUGGAUACGCUUAUUCCAUGAGCCACGAUUUUAAUAAAAACCCAUCUAAAGUGAGCACCAACUCAAACUGGAUAGGUGGGGGACAAUUGAUUUCUCAUAAAACGCCGACCGUGCUCUUACUGAACCCCGACAGGACGUUUAAGGCAUUUGGAUAUGACGCGGAAAGUCAAUACGGAGAACUUGCGGCGCAGGACGCUGAGAGAGACGAUGGAAAAUUAUUGCACAAAGAGCACUUCUACUUCAGAAGAUUCAAGAUGAAAUUGUACAAAACAAAAAAUUUAAUGAGGAGUACAGAGAUUGAAGACGAACAAGGGAGAAAGAUGAAUGCGAUAGAAGUAUUCAGCAUCUGUAUAAAAUACUUGUCGGACGAGUUCAGAAAACUUAUUAAUCAAAGAGUUACACAGAUAAAAGAAACAGACAUUCAUUGGGUGAUUACAGUUCCCGCCAUAUGGAACGACUCCUCAAAGCAGUUUAUGAGGGAAGCAGCGGAGAAGACCGGCCUUGAUGGUAGCCGCCUAACGAUAGCACUGGAACCUGAAGCAGCCUCGCUUUUCUGUAUGCAUGUUCCUGUUGACAAGAUGGCAAUUACUGGAAAACCUGCUGACAAAAAGUCGUCGGAGAUUAGUGCUUUUCCGAAAGGAACGAAGUAUAUGGUAGUUGAUGCAGGAGGCGGCACAAUUGACAUCACUGUCCACGAGGUAAUUGACGAAGACCACCUGAAGGAGCUCAACUGGGCCAGUGGUGGGGCGUGGGGUGGUACUAUGGUGGACAAGGCAUUCGAGGACUUCAUUAUUAAAAUAUUUGGAGGUAAAAGUUACGAAGAAUUCAAGAAAAAUCACGUUGACGAUUUAGUAGACCUACAGAGGGAAUUUGAAUUAAAGAAACGAAGUAUUUCAGUGAGUAAAGUAGGAAAAGAAACGCUCAAACUACCUGUGACCCUGUGUGAGGUAUAUACAAAGUUGACGAAGAAGAGUCUACAAGAUGCUAUCAAAGACAAUAAAGAAUUUGCAGGGAAAAUUGCCUAUUCAGCUGGGAAAUUGAGGGUUGACUGUGAUGUUAUGAGAAGCUGGUUUAAGGAAUCUUGUGAAAAGACGAUUGACCAUGUCCGUAAAUUGUUGAAACAACCAGCGAGCGCUGGAACAAACACAAUUUUGAUGGUCGGUGGAUUUUCCGAGUCUAUGAUGCUCCAAGAACAAAUGAAAGCUGCCUUUGGCGAUAAAAGGUUAAUCAUACCUGAAGAUGCUGGAUUGGCUGUGCUGAAAGGUGCCGUUAUUUUUGGACACGAUCCGUUGACGAUUGCUUCGAGGAUUGCCAAAUGUUCCUAUGGUAUUUGCGUGUAUCGGGACUUUAACCCUUCUGAGCAUCCCCAAAAUAAACUUGUACGGCUCGGGAGCAGAAAAAAAUGUAAGGAUAUCUUCGCAAGACAUGUGAAAAAAGGGGACGAAUUAGUCGUUGGCCAAGCACAAUCAACUUCGCGGUAUUCGAAACUAGAAGAAGACCAGAUAUCCCUUGAUUUUGACAUAUAUACGUCCCCGGAAGAUAACCCAAAGUUUGUUGAUGGUACCGACUGCACAUUCCUCGGGAAACUCGAGGUAGAAGUUCCGCAUGAGAAAAGUAGAGAGAUAGGGGUGUUCGUCAGCAUGAUAUUUGGCGGCACAGAACUGACUGUAAUAGCGAAGGAGGAGAAAAGUGGAAAAAUUAAGAAAGCCACGUUUAAUUUUCUGAAAUAAAGUGUAUUAUUUGUGUAAUUAAGUUUAGAAACUUUGAAACACAUGUAUAUUGUGUAAGAAUGUGAAACCUUUUAUUUACUAUGAUCUUAUGUUUUGAAUGUUUAACGGUAAUUGCAAGUUGUUUGUGUUUGUAACUUCUGUUAUUGUUGGUUGUAAAAAGCGAUAACUUUGUAUUUGUUUUUUGUUAUAUUGUCUGUCAAUAUUAGUACAUUGAACCCUUAAGGUUUGUGAAAUAUUUGCAAAUUACAUGGAUUAAAUAAAGAAUCAAAGCGUUA